CCUGAUGCGGCUGCUGGCAAAUGUCAGCUUCACCGCAUUCUGAGCGGCCUCGGGUCUAUGAUCGUGGGGAUCCUCUUGUUCCUCUCAAGGAUAGAUUGGCUCCAAGCACAAGAAUGUCCGAGCUUAAUGGUGGACAGAGAAAAUAUCAACCCUGCGAUGACCUGUGGUGUGCCCUGUCAACUCAUGGAACUCAGCUUGGCAGAUCAGUGCAGGUUUGAUGUCUCUGGUUGUGGAGAGAACGUGCCCGCUGGGACAUCUUGCCCUAUCGCUUGCCGAAGCCCUUUUGCAGGGGAGGCUGCGCCGGCCUCCUGUCCUCCUGGAAAUACCGAUCCCUCAACACCUGUGGAAUGGACCGCCCCGGAUUGCGACUUGUUCGCCAGCGACUGCCCUAUCUUGAUGGACCUCCCUGAGGCUUAUCUAGAAGUUGAAGGAGGUGGCUACACCUGCGCCGAAGGUUUUGCAGGAACUGCGGUGGCCAGGUGUGUUCCGGAUGAGGAGUGCAAGAGCAGCUUACAAUGGUUUGGAUGCGAACAAACCGCGGCCUGUGCACCGCCUCUGAAUUUGAUCGGUUGCUUGUUGGACGUGAUGCAAUGUAGCGAGGUAAAACCCGGUGGAAGUUGCCCAGUGAGUUGUCGUUUCCCUUACACGGGCUGGUCUUCGGUGGCUGUGUGCCGACCCGAUAACGUUGACGAAGAGGUGGGAUUGUUGGUGGUGGAACCUCAGUGCACCCUGACAUGUGAAGAUCCACCAAAUGAACCGGAAGGAUAUGUGAAAGUUUCCACUGGCAAUGGCUGGGCCUGCGCCCCGGGCUAUGGGGGCGAUGCCCAGUGGGAUUGUGUCAUUGAUUCGGUGUGUGCGUCCAAAAAGGUCCUCUCUGGCUGUAGCUUAUUGGCGCGAUGUAUUUUGCCAGAGGUCGAAAACGCCUGCAUGUACGACUUCACCCGCUGUAUCGGCGAAGCCGCCAGUCCUGGCAGAUCGUGUCAGGUGCACUGCAAGCAACCGUACCAAGGCAACACCAAUGCUAGCUGCCCCAAUGGGAACACCAACCCAUUGCGCCAGCUCAGUUGGGAGGAACCCAACUGCCAAAUUGCAUGUGCCGAAGUGGCCGAUGUUCCGGUGGGUUAUUUGUCCCAUCCCUACAUUCGAGUCUUUGGUGGUUGGCAAUGCACCGAUGGCUAUGCGGGUGUGCCUUCCAUUUCCUGUGCCACGGAUGGCAACUGCAAUCCUCAGCUGCGAUUUUCGGGCUGCAACGCCCUGUUGCCCUGUGAACCUCCUAUCCUGUCGCAGGGGAAGCUGUGCGCCUUUCAACACACCUGCAUCUCGGUCCGCUCCGGGGACUCCUGUGAAGUCACCUGUCGUGCCCCGUAUGUUGGUGGGGUGGCCUUUGCUACCUGCCCUCCCAACAACACCAUUGUGGGUCGGGAGCUGGUCUGGGACGAGCCCAAUUGCAACCUACAGUGUCCCAUGCCGGACCCCGUGCCUGCCGGCUAUCUUCCCGAUGGGAUCGAUAUGACUGGGAAGCAGAAAUGGACCUGUGCAUCGAGAUACGAGGGAAUUCCAGAUGUCAAAUGUGACAUCGGAGACGACUGUGUGGCGGCUUAUAUAUUUGAAGGCUGUGUGCCUCAGACCUCUUGCCGCCUCCCUGACGACGUGCCUUGCUCGGUGGACUUCUCUCAGUGUCUCAACGUCUUCGCCGGCGACAGCUGCGAGGUCUCCUGCGGCCCCAGUUUCACGGGAAACGUCACCGAAGCCAGCUGUCAGGAGGGCAACACGGAUCCGAUGACACCCUUGGAAUGGACCUUCCCUGGAUGUGUCUUGAGUUGCCAGGAUCCGGUGAAUCCAGUGGGUUACAUCAAGACGCGCUUCAUGUGUGCGGCCAACCAUUCUGGCUAUCCGGAGUCGCUAUGUGCGGCGGAUUUCAAUGACCAGUGCAACCCCACGUACUCCUUCUAUGGCUGCAAUGAGGUCGUUCCUUGCGCAGCCCCGCGGCCGGGUGGAGGACGAACCCGACUGGCUUCGUACAGUGCAGAGGACCAACUUUGUAUGUUUGAUUUUUCUGACUGUCAACGAGUCCCCCCGGGCGGAAACUGCACAAUCCGCUGCGGCUCGGAUUAUGCUGGCAAAUCCACCGUUGCCUACUGUCCCUCGGACAACACGGAUCCCAAUGGGCAACUGGUCUAUUUGGAGCCCAAGUGUAGUCUGAAGCCCUGUGAGAUGCGGCCGCCACCGGGAUAUGUGGAAACUCCUUGCGGCUGGGAGUGCGAUAGCGGCUACAUUGGAGAUGUGAAUUGGUAUUGUGCUGCUGUUGGAAGGGAACCUGGGCGCUGCCGAUCCGAACUGAUCAUCAGUGGCUGCACUUUGACUGUACAAUGUGCUCCACUAAUGGUGAAUGAUACAUGCAGGAGCAAUGCUUCACAGUGUACUGCGCUGCAACCGGGUCAGGGCUGCAACAUCACCUGUGCUGAACCUUACACUGGAGGACAAGGUGAGAAUGCCACCUGGGCUUACUGUCCUGGUAGCACUACGAAGCAAGGGCAACAGCCACUUUGGGGGACUCCAAUGGAAGAAUGGGCCCUCGACUGUGAGAUCGACUGCGAGUUUCCGAACCCCAUCCCUUUAGGCUACAUCUUUCAGGCUGGGGUCUGGGGCUGCGACACCGCCAAUCAGUACAGCGGACAGGCACUUGGAGAAUGUGUGGUGAACGAGACCAAUUGCGAGCCCACUUUCGUGUUAUCUGGCUGCUUUCCCACCACUCCCUGCGAUUUUCCAGCGAUCGAUUCGUGCCAAUACGAUGUCACGGACUGCCCCACUGGACAGAUGCUCUCAGGAACCUCAUGUCAGGUGAAAUGUAAGUCGCCCUAUAUGACUCCCUUGGGUGAAGCUCAUGGUUCCAUUGAAUGUCGGGAUCCGAACAUCGAUCCUAAAGGUGCCAUCUGGACCCCACCGAGCUGCAUUUUGGGAUGUUCUGAGCCAUCGUCUCAGACUGGAUAUCGCAACGUCUUGGGUGAAUGGCAGUGUGCCGAUGGAUAUGAUGGACCAGGAGCGAUUUGGUCUGAAUGCAUCGUCGACCCCGAAUCUUGCGUUGCCUUUCCUCGACUUUUUGGAUGCCAACCCUUUGUUCAGUGUGCCAAUCCGGAGUUGACACCCGAACAGAAGUGUACCGUCGACUUAACAGGCGGAUCUUGUUUGGACCUGCAACCAGGGCAGGUUUGUACCGUCUACUGCCAGGGUCCCAACUACUUUGGUGAUCAGCUCGGUGCUGGAUGUCCCGCAACCAAUUUGGAUCCCACCAAGGUCAUCAAUUGGCUGCCUCCCACCUGUUACUGCAGGGAGCCAGUCCCACCACCUGCCGGUUAUCUGCUGGGUUCGGCACCCAACACCUACACCUGUGCGCCUGGCUAUUACGGCCGGGCCAACUAUCGCUGCGUUGUUGACACCACGACUUGCGAACCCAUCAUCACGAUGACGGGAUGCAACUUAUUGGCGCAAUGUGCGAAGCCUCGGGUGGAUGAUUACGAGCUCUGCAAGCUGGACUUCAGCGAAUGCCAAGGUCCCAUUGGGCCCGGAGAGACCUGCAAUGUGACCUGCAACGAAGGCUUCAACGUGAACCUCAGUAACCCGGAGUGCCCCUGGGACAACACCGUGCCGGGCUACGAACCGCCCCUGGACAUUUAUUGUGGCGAAUACACCUGCGCACCUCCUGAAGUUUGGGCAACCUCCAAUCCUUUGCCAAAGGGCUAUGACGUUGGAACCUGGCGUUGCCAGAAUGGAUACCGAGGCUCUGUUUCGACCAGGUGCAUGCAGUCUGAUGAAUGCGGCGGCACCCUCCAGCUCUCAGGCUGCGUAGCCCUUCAGCCCUGCUCGCUGCCACGGCUGAUGGGUCGCGAUUUAUGCCGCUGGAACUUCUCGGAGUGCGAGGACACGGCCUCAGGAAGUUUCUGUGGCAUGCAAUGCUCUCCACCGUUUUCAGGUCCGGGGGGACAAGCCUUCUGCCCCCCCGACAAUGCAGAUCCCGCCACUGAGCUGGUCUUUGUUGAGCCCGACUGUUCGCUGCAAUGUCCCGAUCCUGACCCAGUUCCACCGGGCUAUGUGAAGUUGGAUUGUGGAUGGACCUGUGCUAACGGCUAUGACGGCCGACCCCAAGAAGAGUGUGAUGUGGAUGACCAGUGCCAACCACGCCUGACGCUUCGCGGCUGCGAACGUGAGGAGAACUGCAUUUUGCCUCCGCUUGGAUCCUUCGAUAUUUGUCGAUUCGACUUUGCCUGCACAGCCGACACCCCUCCGGGCUCCUCCUGCACGGUGAAGUGCCGCGCGCCCUUCGCGGGUGCCGACUUCAUGGCGGAAUGCCCAUCGGGCAACACCAUCCCGCAGUUUCCCUUGGUGUUUGAUCAGCAACUCUGUAGCUUGACCUGUCCAACACCCGAGCCGAUCCCACGGGGCUAUGUGAAAAUCAAUGGCACCUGGAGCUGUUCCGAAGGUCAUGUGGGACAGGCAGAAUCCAGUUGUGUUCAGCAGGAUGGUUGUGGCGAACCCAAGCUGAUGCUGAAGGGCUGCGAUGAAAACGUGCCUUGCGCGCCGCCCCAGCUUCGCCCGUGUGAACACGAAACCACCUGUGGUGGGGCUCUGGCACCAGGCGCGAGCUGCAGCAUCAGUUGCAAGGCUCCCUUCGAGGGUAACCAAAGCAGUACUGCCAGGUGUCCCAAUCCCAACACUCAACGAGGUGGACAGGCAGAUUGGGAGGAACCAGACUGUUUCUUGGUGUGUCCCCAGAUGGAUCUGAGAUCGCUGCCCGCGAAUUAUACAUCCGAGGGCUCGUCCGUGGUGUGCGCGGAGGGAGCCGUUGGGAUGGCGGAAGUGGAAUGUCGCAUUGAUCCGCAGACGUGCCGAGCAUUUUGGCACUUCUCAGGCUGCUUGAUGCUGCAGCCAUGUGUGGUACCCUUGGUGGACAGAUGUCGGACAGAUGUUGGAAACUGCACGGAAGUGUAUCCAGGAGAGUUUUGCAUCAUGUCAUGUCAGGGAGACUUCGUUGGAGGGGAAGUCAUGGGCAGAUGCCCUCCUGAGAACACCAACGCCGGCCAGCCGCUUCAAUUCGACCAGAAUCUGGUCUGCGGUUGUCCUCCCCCAGCGGCCAAAGCGGGAUACGAGUUGGUCUCGAUCGCCAGCGAUCGCGAUGGCGGCAACUGGAAAUGUCGAGACACUGGAUGGACUGGCACUGCGGAAGUCACUUGCAACAUCGACCCUGAGACUUGCGAAACGACCGUGUUGCUCUCCGGCUGUGUGGCGCUGCACAACUGUAGCGCGCCGGAUCCCGGAUACUGGGCGCAUCCGGAGGACUGUCGCCAGGUCCCCGCGGGGGAGAGCUGCGAAGCGCGCUGCGCAGACUCGGAGUGUGUUGCGGGGGGACCGUUGAUCUUCACAUGCCCUGCUGAAAACAUCGACAUGACAUCGCCAGCUGUAUGGCUUUCUGGCACCUGCCGGAUCCGUUGUGAGGUCUGCCGCACCAGAACCUUCAUCGACACCGAUGCCCGGCCUGGUUGGAUGGCUGGUACCCUGCAGUUUGGGGAGGCGCACGCCAGUGGGAAGAUGCCGGUGCAGGGCAUCCAGGGCUAUCGGGUCUUCAUGGCGGAUGACUGCGGGGAACAGGUGGGUCCAACCUUGGGCUACGUGACCCGCAGUGAGAAGUUGUACAGUUGCUGUGCCGCCACGGCCUAUUCCCUGCCGUUGGGUCCCCUGGAGCUGCCAGCCACUGCGGUGGCCUUUCGGAUCGCCAUCAACACCAGCGGCGCCGGGGAGCUGCCCUAUGGGGCACCCGUGCUCUACAGCGAUCGAACGGAGACGGAGGUGAUGUCCACAUUGAAACCCAUCACAAACUCAUGUCCAGUGAGACGCUUGUGGCUGCUGACUGUCGUCUUGCUCAGCUUGAUGAAUUGAGUUGGCGAAAAUGGUUGGUUGUUUCGGUGUGUCUCAAUCUGGUUGGUUGGUAU